AUGGAACAAAGAUCCAUCCUCGAUUUCUUUGAAAAGCCAGGUUCGGCACGACCAGAGUCGUCUCGAUCACAACAUUCUCAUCGAGAUCAACCUUACCGCCGCAAUAACACCAACGCCCACAAACAUCACUCGUCUAACCAAAAGCGACUUCCUGACCGCCGCCGCAACAUGAGUCUCAAACUAGUUGCCGACGAGACCAAAGAAGCACUCCCGAAUGUCCGGGCUCAGCUUCCACCAGAGUUUGAUGUUGAAUGGUCUUGUCUCGAAGAUCUGAAUCAUCGAGAUUCAGCUCCUCUCCCGGCGAACUUAUGCCCAGCUUUAGCGACGCCGUGUACUAUUCAAGUACUCGAUAUGGAUUCAUUCGAUGCGGCAAUCCAGCUAGACCCCUCUCACACCGUCAACCAGCAUGUUACCAAGAAAAGGUCGGAUACCAGUACUGAGAAGGUGACCCCAGUGGCAGUCCUUAACCUUGCUUCCGAGCGUUCACCCGGAGGCGGCUGGCAGAAGGGCGCCCUCGCUCAGGAGGAAUGUCUGUGCUACCGCUCUUCGCUCUACCUCUCGCUCGACCGAAAACUUUACCCAAUACCCCCUCUCUCUGCCAUAUACUCACCAAACGUGGUCAUAAUCCGCGAAUCCAUGUCAAGAGGCCACAAGUUACACAGUAACACUUGUCCGCCUGACCUCCCCGCAGUUUCCGUCAUCAGCGUAGCAGCACUUCGUCAACCGGAAUUAUCAAACGACGGCACAGCGUUUAAAAGCCCUGGCGUAAGGUCUCAUACCAAGAAGAACAUUCGCCUCAUACUGCGCGUUGCUGCUCGACAUGGACACAGAAAGCUCGUGUUGGGCGCACUGGGCUGCGGUGUAUUCGCCAAUCCGCCACGAGACGUUGCAAAUUGCUUUCUUGAGGUUUUCCGAGAGCCAGAAUUCCAAGGAGGGUGGUGGGAGAAGGUCGUGUUUGCCGUCAUGGACAAUGUAAACGGGCCAGAUGGUGGCAAGGACGGCAAGGGAAACUUUGGUCAAUUCUAUCAGGUUUUGCAUGGACAAAUUGCGUGA